GUUACUCGGCGGAUGUGCUGCUUCUGCCUGAUCUCCUCCUUGACCAGCCGAAGCAACUGACAGGCCUGCAUUGACUUCCUGGCAGAUCACUGCAACUUUGUUGCUCGAGGAGCAACUUAAGGUCAUUUCUUAUCAUAAAUACUCGCAUCAGAUGCACAUAUAUCCGUCAGCCCUAACCUAAUGACCCAGCAAGAGCAGCAUGAGUUCAGGGAAUGUUUGGCGGAAGCUCUUUCCUGGAUGCAGGCCGUCCAGGAGAGGCUUAAGCAAAACGAUAACACCCAAGGACCAAGAUCAGCACUGGAGGUCAGGCUCCAUGAAACAGAGAAAAUUCAUUGCUCAGAGCCUGAAGGCCAUGUAAAGAUGGACAGGGUGUUGGUGGCUUCUGAAGCUCUGCUUCGAAAUGGAGAUGAAGAGAUGAAGAAUCAGACUCUUUCGAAACUCAAAGAUAUAAAAGCACUCUGGGAGGAGACGUCAACGUACAUCAUUCAUUGUCACAGUCGUAUCGAGUGGGUGUGGCUGCACUGGAGUGAAUACCUGAAGGCCCAUGAGGAGUUUGGGAUGUGGUUGGAGAAGAUGCACAGGUCUCUGGAGCCCCUGCUUGAGAUGCAACUGGGUCUCCAAGAAAAGCUGUGGCAGGUGGAUCAUCUGCGGGUCCUUCACAGUGACAUUCAAGCCCAGGCUCAGUUUAAGGAGAGGCUUCUGGAUGAGGCUGCAGCCUUGUUCAACCGCAUCGAAGACUCUAGCGUAGAUGAGAAGGCCCAGCAGGGUCUUCAAGAUGCCUAUUACCACAUUCGAGACCGAGCACAGGAAAGAUUAACAUUGGCACAGAAAAUAGCAGAGGAGCACCAGCAGUACCAAAGUUGCAUUGAUAAAUUUCAAACCUGGCUGAUGUCUAAAACAGAAGAAGUCAUCCGUUUCAGCGACAUGGAGGAUACGACGCAAAAUAGGCUGAAAGCCCUGCAGGAACUGGACGCUAGUAUAGCCAAAGAAGAGCUCACUCUCCAGCACAUUGAAAACCUGUCUGAAGCUGUGAAGGCCAACACGUCUCCAGCAGGUGCAGAGAAGAUCACAAAAGAGAGAGAGUUGAGGCAGGCCUGGCAGAGGUUACGCCAAGCACUGCUGGAGAAUCAGGAAGAGCUCCAGAGCUCACUGGAUUCUGAGAGCGAGUAUUCAAACCGUUGUAAGGAGCUGUGGACGGACCUGGAGCAGCUUCGAACCUUGGUCCAGAACCUUAGCAGUGAUCUGGAAAGCAGGGAUGGAGAGAGGACUGAGGAAAACAUGGUAGCUCAAUGGAAGACGCACACGGGAGUGCGCAACAAGCUCAUUGCAGAGGAGCCCAGGGUGGAAGAGCUGAAAUCCCGGUUGAAAGAGCUAUUCCGAUUCCCACAAGACUCCAAAAGCCUGUCUGAUGAGAUGCUAGCAGUGGUGAAAGAGUACCAGAGUGUGAAAGGCAGAUCUUUCAGGCUGUCCUCAGAGAGCGAGAUGGCUCUCCGGCAGAUACUGCAGGAUCCUCUGUAUGACUUCAGCCAAUGGAGUCAGGUGGUUUCUCAGGUCCUGGAGGCCUCUGCCGAGGUGACUGAUUUCUCCCAAAUUGCACUGCUCGUGCAGCAUAUAGAGAAGUUACUUAAAAACAGCGUGCAGCUCCAGGAACGCUUGAGUUUGCUCCAGGUGAAGAGUGAUCUGCUCAGCUCAGUUUUUGGCCAAGAGAAAGCUGACGAUCUGUUGGAAGAGCUCAGCGGGGAUGUGAGGAAGAGAGAGUUACUCCACAGCCAGCUCCUGCAGCGCAAGAACCGCCUGCAGGGUUUGAUAUCAAAGACGAAGGACUUUUCAGAUGCCUAUGACUCCAUACACAAAAAACUAACCUCUAUAAAGGAGCGGUUCAUCACGACGGAUGGACUUCAACCUGACAUUCUCGCCAAGAAGACCCAGGCCGACCAACUCCGGGUCAUUAGAAAGGACUUGGAAGAUUGUGAGGCUCAGAUCAUAGCUCUCGAGACGCUGGUGUCAUCCAACCCUGCAAACAGGACAAAGUUUGAACGUCUGUAUGCGGAAUGGAAAUUGCUUUAUAAGGCGGUUCGGAUAAAGGUGAAUGAAAGUGAGGAGAACAUUGCAGAACAUGAGAGUUUCCAUGAAAAUAUUCUGAAUAUGGAGAAGUGGUUAAUGAUCAUGAGACAGAAGCUAGAGUCGUUUCGUGGAUCAGAUGGGGAAUGGAGCAUAAACAACCGCCAGCAUGAGGCUGAGAGGGCGUUAGGAGAAUUUCCAGAGAAGGAGCUUCAGCUUCAUCAUACGGAGGCUCAGGGUCAGACUGUGCUGGCCAGAACCUCUGAUGAAGGCAAAGUUCACAUCCAGCAAGACCUUAAACGCCUCAGAGAGACCUGGAUGUCCCUCCACACGCUUAGUCUCAAUCUUUACAGGCUUCUGAAUGAACAUGCAGCCACAGGCGAUCAAGAUUCCCUAUUACAGAGAACCGAGUUCUUGGACAGAUGGGUUGAAGGGCAUCAGCAGGGAGCGGCUUCAAACUUUGAAGUGGGACAUGCCAAAGGAGAUGAAGGAACGGACCAGCAUCAGAGAUCCUACCAUGGAUCAGAAUCAACAGGCCAGCAAGAACUGGAGAGGAACAUGGAAGCAAAUCCGGAUAGAAUUCGAAUUGUGCUACCUGAGGGCAUCUCAAGACCAGAAGGUUCAGAGGUCUGGAGAAGAGAGUGGACUUACCAAGACCAGUCCAUGGAUGAUGAGGUGGAUGCAGUCAUAUCUGGAAGUGACCGUAAGGUGAACAGGAAGCGGACUGGGAUGGAUGAAGGUGACAUGAUCAGCAGUGGUGGUUGGACUGGGGAGUGGGUCGAACAACACAAAGCUGGUUCUGGGAUUGAAGACCUGGAUAUAAAAGGUAGAUACAGCUUUUUAAGUGGGAUUGACUCUGAUGCACAGAAAAGGAUGCAGCCGUCACAGAUCCCCCCUGAUGACAUUCAGAUGGGCUCUCAGGGGCCCCAGCAUCAUGCUGAUAUGGAGGCUCAGAGGAGGGAGUUUGAAGCGUGGCUUCACAAGGAAAAUGGCAAACUCACAGGAAUUCUGAACAACCAAAGAUCCUUGAGCGCUAAAGAACUGAGGAUAAGACAGAAUACACUCAAGGGUUUACAUGCCAAUGUAGCAUGGGGUCAGCGUCAGUUCCAGAAGUUGAUGGUCAGUCGGCAGAGUAAGUCAGCAGAGGAGGACAUGGAACUAGAAGAGCUGCGUUACCGCUGGAUGUUAUACAAAUCCAAACUUAAAGAGGCUGGUGACCUCAAAGGUCUGCUGAAAAACAAGGGUGUCAGUGGACAAGGACAGGAGCAUGUCCGAUCUGGAAAGGCGAGCAGUGGUCUCAGCUUCCUGUACCGUGUAUGUCGCGUGGCUCUUCCUCUCCAGCUCCUGUUGUUGGCCCUGCUGCUGCUGGCCUUCCUGCUGCCCAUGAUGGACGAGGGCGCCAGCUGUUCACUGUCCAACAACUUCGCCCGCUCCUUCAACAUCAUGCUACGCUACGACGGACCUCCACCUACUUAAGCGUCGACAGUCAAAAGCAGCUUUAAAAAAAAAAAAAAUGGCAAUCUGUGCUUGUUUAUAUAACAAAUACUUAUAUUUUUUAUCAUUGUUCCAUUUAUGUUAUAUUGUUGGUUCUCAGCUGGUCUCGCUCCACCGUACACCCACCGGUGGACCCAGCAGAUCAGAAAGCUCUGUUUCUGUGAGUGUGUGUGAGAGAGAGUGAAAGUGUGAGUGGGUGGACGGCAUAGACGCUCACAACCUGCUCGACAUGAUUCAAGCUGUUCAUUUCUCUACAGGCAUUUGGAGAAACCAGUGCCGCUUUUACAAUGAGCAAAACUCCCUUAAAGACAUCUACUCAGGAUCCAUCGCAAAUCCUUCAUGUUUUUAUGUUCGUUCUGUUUGUAGCUAGUUACUAAAUGCUUAAACGGAUAGUUCACCCAAAAAAGCUGUUCUGCCAUCAUUUACUCACCCUCAUGUCUUUCCAAACAUGUUUGAUUCACUUUCAAAUGUGUAACACAACUUUUUUUUUGUCUACACAAUGAAAGUCAGUGGAGUCCACUGUUGUUUUGAACGCCACUGGCAUUCAUUGUAUGAAUAAAAACAACUAAAAUAUCUCAAUUAAAGACAUGGGGGAUGACAGAAUUUACAUUUUUGUGUGAGCUAUUCAUAUAAAUAAUUUUAAUACUGUGGUAUGUCUUAUAAUUAAACAGAAUUGUGCAUGUUUUUAUUCAUACCACUUGUUUAAAAUCUUUUGUUUGCUGUUUUACUCGGGCCACUCCAAAACUAAACUGUGUUUGAUAAUAGGAUAUAACUUAUCACUGUGUUGCGGGUAUUGAUUCUGAUGUCACAGAUUUCAAAACUAAGCUCAGUUUGAAAUGUUCUUGAUAUUUUGGUGAAUUUUAGAAGAGGAAAUUGUCAAAAUCAACAGACAUUCAUGUAUCACUCCAUAGCAAAGGUACUAUGCACAUGCGUUUAUAGAAUGGAUGGUUUUCUUUCAACGGUUUUUGGAAGUCGUGAUUGCAGAAUCACAUUUGAGCUUUAAGACUGAGUUUUGGCAUUGGUUUGCCUCUGAUUGUUGUUAUAGGUUAUUGUAAGUGUGUUUUGCAGGCAUAGAUUAUGGAGUAAAAAUAGCCCUGUUUGGGGAGAAUGUCCUUUUUUGAACAGAAUGUUGGAGCUCUGUGACCUUCUUAGUCUGUUUUUCUUUUCUUUCCUUUUUUUGCAAGCAGUGUCUGAGCUGGGAUUUCUAAGGGCCCAAAACCAUCAGAGGUUGAGUUCAGUUAUUCUUUCAGGACUGCUUCUUUAAGGUCAUGGUUUGAUGAAAGGAAUGCCUUGAUUUAUUAUUUUGUCCAGAACAAAGACUUCUCUGACAAACGCUCUGUCUUUCAGAGCUGGCAGAAGUCAAAAUCCUCUUUAAAACGCAUACUGGAGCUUUGUUUGCAGUGUUAGACAUGUUAUUUAGAGGCUAAUUGCAUGGCUUUACAGCUUUGAGUAGUAUUACACAUAAACACACCGCACUGAACUGCUUUUAUCCUGUAGCAAAAUGCCCUUUUAAAAUCGUAUUCAGACCUCUCUACAUAUCUCUCCUAUGUUAAAACUAAUUUCCAUUAAUAUGUGAUGCACUAUCUAAUGUUAAAUGCAUUAAUAAUAGUGCAUGGUAAGAAAGAGACUUAACAGAAAAUAUGCUGCAUUUUCUAAAAGAAACUGUAAUGUUGAAGCUCGGCAUAUCAGUUUAUUGCACUGCUUUUAUUGUUUGUAUUUAAAGGAAUAGUCACCCAAAAAUGAAAACUUGCCAUAAAUGUACUCAUCCUCAGACCUUACAAGAUGUAGGUGAGUUUGUUUCUUCAUCUGAACAGAUUUGGAGAAAUUUAGCAUUACAUCAUUUGCUCACCAAUGGAUCCUCUGCAGUGAAUGGGUGCCGUCAGAAUGAGAGUUCAAACAGCUGAUAAAAACAUCGCAAUAAUCCACAAGUAAUAAAUAUGACUCCAGUCCAUCAAUUAAUGUCUUGUGGAUCAAAAAACUGUUUAUAAUGAACAAAUCCAUCAUUUUCAAACUGACUUGCUACUGGCAAUAUGAGUCCUCUAUCCAUAAUACUGGUUUGUCCAGUAGUACAAAACAAAACAAAUUGGUGGAUUUUGAUGUGAGUGGACACCAGGACUAAUUAUUAUUAUGGAUUAUGGACUAGUAUUUUAUCCAGAAGUGAUGAUUUAAAGUUAAAACGGCUUAAUAAUGGAUUUGUUUGUUACAAAUACACAACCUUUCACUUUACAAGACAUUAACUGAUGGACUGGAUUACUUGUGGAUUAUUGUGAUGUUUUUAUCAGCUGUUUAGACUCUCAUUCUGACGGCACCCAUUCACUGUAGAGGAUCUAUUAGUGAGCAAGUGAUGUAAUGCUAAAUUUCUCCAAAUUGGACUUGAUGAAGAAACAAACUCGUCUACAUCUUCGGAUGACCAUAGGGAGAGUACAUUUUCAGCAAAUUUUAAUUUUUAGGUGGACUAUUCCUUUAAUCUCGAUUUAUGUCAAUGUAAACCCUUUAAUGAUCCAUACUUGUUUCAUCAGUAAUACUGUAUGUUCCAUUAGGCUGCAAAUGCUAGACUGUACAAAAUUCUGUUAAACGGUUCAGCUGUGUUACAAGAUCACUGUAUAAUGUAUACUAAUAUAGCUAGUUUACAGCACUGUGUGCAUGGGAGAGUUUUCUCAUUGGAGAUAUUUAAUUCAGGAAGAAAGUACUGGAAAUUAUUUUCAAAGACAGCUAACAAAAUCAAAUGAAAGCAAAGCAUGUCGAGAUUAUCGACUUGAAAUGCAUGAAGGGUUGUAAGACAAUGUAUUAACAAAAAAGGUUAAACAUUUAUUUUAUUACCGUAUUUUGGAUGAAACUCUUAUGAUGUAUGUUUAAACUGAUUAAUAUAUAUAUACGGUAUGAAGCAUAUAACCAGUAUUUUUGUAUUUUACUCCAGGCAAUAAACAUGCAGUGCAUUUUCA